AGCAAGAGAAACUAGUGGGCCUACAACUGUGAACAUCAAUUAUGGAAAUGAAGCAUCUGAACAUUUUAUUUCUAUUUUCAUCUUCUUCUCAUUGCAUCUCACUCACUGUCAACAACUCUGCCUCUGCAACUAUCAAAACUAGGACUUUGGGAUACUCAAGAGACAUCAGAUACAACACCCAAGUGGCAAACUCUCUCUUCCUUGUGAGACGGAUAUUUUUGGAUGCAAAGCAGUAGUCUUUACAUACAUCUUCUCAUGUAUGUGUGCUCAUUGACUGUGUAGUGCGGGAAUUUGCAGUUGUUGUUUCUCUUUCCCGUAUCUCAUUGCUUUAAUUUGAGCACAGAGGUUUCUGGGAUUUGGUUUCUUUUGGAUCUGGUUCGGAGAGUGCAUUGACUCAGGAUUUCAGAUGGGUUUUGUUUCGUUUUAGCUUGUGAUUUGGCUCACAGUGCAGAUUUACCAUAAUGACUUGGAAGAGUAAAGGAGCAGAUACAUCUGCAAAGAGUGUGGUAUCGAAGAAAUGGAGUCUUCUGCUUUGUAUUGGUUGCUUCUGUGGUGGGAUGCUAUUCUCAGACAGAAUUUGGGCUUCUCCUGAAAUUAAAGGUAUAUCAAGGACAACAAGGGUUGAAGAUGAAAAGUUAAAGCUAGUUUCAGAGGGAUGUGCUCCAGAAACUAAGGAUGUAAAGCGUGAAUCGGAGGACAUCAUGGGAGAAGUUUCAAAGACACAUCAAGCUAUUCAAACUCUGGAUAAAACAAUAUCAAAUUUGGAAAUGGAGUUAGCUGCUGCAAGGGCUACACAGGAAUCCGUAGUAAAUGGUUCACCUGUAUCAAACAAUUUAAAACUCACUCGAUCAAAUGGAAAAAGAAAGUAUUUAAUGGUGAUAGGCAUAAAUACUGCUUUUAGCAGCAGAAAGCGAAGAGAUUCAGUUCGUUCUACUUGGAUGCCUCAAGGUGAUAAAAGAAAGAAGUUAGAGGAAGAGAAGGGCAUCAUAAUUCGCUUUGUAAUAGGUCACAGUGCUACAGCAGGUGGUAUCCUUGACAGAGCUAUUGAAGCAGAAGAUGAGAAGCACGGUGACUUAUUGAGGCUGGAGCAUGUUGAGGGUUAUCUUGAGUUGUCUGCAAAAACAAAGAUGUACUUUGCUACUGCCGUUGCUUUGUGGGAUGCAGAUUUUUAUGUCAAAGUUGAUGAUGACGUGCAUGUAAAUAUAGCCACACUUGGAGCAACUUUAGCUAGGCAUCGGUCAAAACCCAGAGUUUAUAUAGGAUGCAUGAAGUCUGGUCCAGUCCUUGCUCAAAAGGAAGUGAAAUACCAUGAACCUGAGUAUUGGAAGUUUGGGGAGGAGGGAAACAAAUAUUUUCGUCAUGCUACUGGCCAGCUGUAUGCUAUUUCAAAUGGUUUGGCUACUUACAUAUCAAUCAACCAGCAUGUGCUGCACAAGUAUGCUAACGAGGAUGUGUCAUUGGGAUCAUGGUUUAUUGGAUUGGAUCUGGAGCAUAUCGAUGACCGGAGACUCUGUUGUGGUACCCCACCAGAUUGUGAGUGGAAGGCUCAAGCAGGCAACAUCUGUGUAGCUUCAUUUGAUUGGAGCUGUAGUGGGGUUUGCAAGUCUGUGGAGAGAAUGAAGGAGGUUCACCAGCGUUGUGGGGAAGGCGAGAAUAGUCUAUGGAGUGCAGAAUUCUGACAAAGAGCUCUUCUUCCAAACUCAGGAGGAAGAAGCAAGUAGAUGGAUUGAGACAGUUAUUAGAGAAGUGUGAGUAUGUUAGAAUGUAAAAUGAGAGAUAGGGGGCAUUUUGUAAGUUUGCCAUGGCUGUUGCAACCCCUGAAUAAGUUGCAUCUGCCAUCUUUUGAUCCAUAAAUUAGAAUAAUUUUUUAGUUUAAUAUUUGGGUGUCUUAAUUCUUUUUCUCAAUUUGGAACCAAUAAUUUUGUGGCAUUCAAUUUAAUCAUCUUAUAUUUUCUGUUAAA